AGUGGCUCUUGUCAGAGUUCAGAGUCAGGAUUUGCAGGCUUUGCUUCGCCACACAGAGAGAGGUGUUUAAUUGAGGGCUUUAAGACUGAAGACCUUUCCACUGACACCGAGGACAUACUGACAAAAGAGAGACAGUGGGGGGUUACGAGAGGGAAACCCCACCGAGCUAUUUCUGCAAGUUGUGAUGACUAUUUCCACAGAGGCACUUCAAACGCUUUCUCCUGGACAUUGACAGAAUUCAAGAGGGUGCUGUGCAAUAGACUAGGAUCAUCUGGUAAGGCUAAGGUGUGUGUGGUCAUGGAUGUUCCAGCGUUGGUAUGGCUGGUGUUGCUCUUGGUGAGUGGACGGUUUCCUGAAAUAGAGGGCACUCAGCAGUUUGACAGCAGUGAUGAAGGUCCAGAGGUUGAAUUCCUGUCAACCUCUCGCACACGACGGGCGCCCGAGCCUCCACCGCAGGACAAGUGCUCUUACACCUUCAUCGUACCCCAGCAAAAAGUCACAGGAGCCAUCUGUGUGAACUCCAAGGAGCCUGAGGCUCUGCUGGAGAACCGUGUCAACAAGCAGGAGCUGGAACUCCUCAAUUCGGAGCUGCACAAACAGAAGAGGCAAAUCGAGACUCUGCAGCAGCUUGUAGAAGUCGACGGCGGCAUCGUCAAUGAGGUUAAGCUUUUGCGCAAAGAGUCCCGUAACAUGAAUUCCCGAGUGACGCAGUUAUACAUGCAGCUGCUGCAUGAGAUCAUCCGCAAGAGGGACAAUGCACUGGAGCUUUCUCAACUGGAGAACAAGAUCCUCAACCAGACCUCUGAGAUGUUGCAGCUUACAAACCGCUAUAAAGAUCUGGAGCAUAAAUAUCAACACCUCGCCUCACUGGCCAAUAACCAGUCAGCGCUCAUUGCCCUUCUUGAGGCACAGUGUCAGAGGGGACCGCCAGUUGUGGUCCCCAGGGUACCGGUCCAACCUCAGGCCCAACCACAACCCCAACCUCAACCCAGACCCUCACCACCACUCACUAAACCGUUCCAGCCGCCAACCUUUAGCCGUAACAACCAGAUCACCAAUGAGAUCCAGAGCGAUCAGAACCUCAAAGUGCCUCUUGCUCCUCUUCCCACCAUGCCAGGAGGAACUCACAGCCCAUCCACCACUAACAAACCCUCCGGUCCUUGGAAGGAUUGUCUGGAGGCUCUGGAGGACGGUCACACUAACAGUGGCAUGCACUUGGUGAAGCCGGAUAACACCAACAAACUGAUGCAGGUGUGGUGCGAUCAAAGACAAGAUCCUGGCGGCUGGACGGUCAUCCAGAGAAGAAUGGAUGGAUCCGUCAAUUUCUUCAGAAACUGGGAGACAUAUAAGCAAGGCUUUGGAAACAUCGAUGGAGAGUAUUGGCUGGGUCUGGAGAACAUAUACUGGAUAACCAGCCAGGGCAACUACAAGCUGCUGGUCACCUUAGAGGACUGGUCUGGACGCAAGACAUUUGCAGAGUACGCAAGUUUCCGUCUUGAACCCGAGGCCGACUUCUAUAGGCUCAGGGUUGGCCGUUACCAUGGCAACGCCGGUGACUCACUAACUUGGCACAACGGGAAGCAGUUCACCACUCUGGACAGGGAUCACGACGUAUACACAGGCAACUGUGCCCACUAUCAAAAGGGAGGCUGGUGGUAUAAUGCCUGUGCCCAUUCGAACCUGAAUGGCGUUUGGUACAGAGGAGGACACUACCGCAGUCGCUAUCAGGACGGUGUGUACUGGGCUGAAUUCAGAGGAGGCGCUUACUCUCUGAAGAAGGUUGUGAUGAUGAUACGACCCAACCCCAACACCUUCCACUGAGCAGCACAUAAACACAGGGAAUGAACUGAUAACUGCUCCCCAACGCUCGCCGUUCACCCUAUGAAGUGCAAUUGAUUUAGAUCGUGGUUUGGCUUCCUAUGUAACAUAGUUAGAUAAGAUACUUUAUGUGGUCAAACUGAGAAAGAACACCAAAAUGUCAGGGACGACAAGAGAAAGCUAUACACAACACAGAAAAUGACGCCUGUUACAAUAACUGUCACUAGGACAGUUCUUUUUCACUGUAGUUCAAUCAAAUCAAGUGAAACCUGUUUAUUUUUUAAAUAUACAGUGCAAUUGUGAAUCUGUCUUCUGUCGUUUAGAAUUAUUUUGUUAAAUAGGCCAUAAAAUAUUAGAAAAUAACUCCGUACUCAUUCAUUGCUACAACUAAGACACAGGAGAUCCAAUCCAGUGAUAAAUAGCUUAUGCUUUUCUAGUUUAUUCAAAGCUAUGAGAAUAUAUAUUUCCUGAUGAGAUGAAUGACUCAUAAUUUAUUUCAGGAAUAUCAUGUUUAAAAUUCAUGUAAUGCUGUAGUUAAUGCAUAAUUAAACUUAAAAAACACUUCUUAAAACAGUCGUCGAUUGCUCCAUCUAAACUGUAUUUACUGUGUAAAUUAGCUGUUGGUGUCAAAUGAAGAUCCAACAUGUUUAUGUACAUAUAAACGUAAUAUUGUUGAAAAUAAUGUGUUAUUUGUAAUAUACUACUGUAUGUGUAACUGUCAAACUGUUGCAAUAAAGGAUGUACAGCUACA